UCUCUCUUUCCUUGGCCUUGUACUUACGUCCUCGUGGCUUCCCUCUUCUUUAAGAGCGGUCGUUUCUUCUGUCCAACAUCGACUAUCGAGCGGAAGCUUGAACUGCUGCCACGUGCACCACUGUGAAGCCACGUGCUGCCAGCUUCGAUGAGCUCUGCAUGCACCUACGCCAGUCAGUCGUGCACAAGCAGUGUGAGAGCACCUGCAGCUGUCGAAUCUGGUCGGCUGUUUCUCUGGGCUCGAACUCGCGACGCUGCGACGGCUUGAAACUUGUGAGCAUCUGGAAGGAGGAGGGCGCUCUCUCCCAGGAACGAGGCAGUUCGCUCAUGGCUGAUCACUUCUUAUAAGUUAUUACUAUGAUUUUCCAUUGCUUCGUUUUUUUUCUUUCUGUGUCUGUGUGUCACUGAUUGCUUAGCUGGCAGUUAGCUCUGCAUGUGCACUUAUCUCACGCUCGUCGCAAACCGGGAGAUAGCUCACUCCAGGGAAUCACACGUGGGGGUGACACGUUGCAGCGGUGAUAAGAGGCGUCGCUUGCGCAGCUGCUAGUGUCGCAUCUGAUCUGGAGGGAUGCCUGUUCCAUUGUCUGCCUCUGCAGGUAGAUCGAUGAAGUCGAGAAAAUGGCGUAAGAUAGGAAUGUGUCCUUCUGUUGUGUCGUUCUCGGUCGUUUUCUGCCCAUUGCUGCAACCACGUAGGCUAGGAAUGAUGAGCACGAUAGUGAUGGUGGCGGCUAUGGUGAUCUUUCUCUGCGGCAGCGGCAGCAUCAGCAGGAAUGGACACGUGUCACUCGCCUCCGCUGCCCCCAUCGGACCGCCAGAUCUCUCCACUUGCACUGCGCCCCGCCCUCCCCUACCUAAUUGCUGCCUUCGCGUCCCCUCUUCCCGCCCGUCCGCUUUCGCCAUCAACUCUUCCACCCCGCUCCGCACACGUCGCGCACUCCAGAACGUCCUCCAAGAUGCACGGUACCUCGCCAGACUCAAUGCUGCAUACGCCAGGCUUCGCAGACUAGAGCGCGAAGCUCCCAACGACCCUCGAGGUCUCGAACAGCAGCGCCUACUUCACUGCGCCUUCUGUGAGCGGCCGUUUGUCUAUGGCAGACAAUACAACAUGCACGGCAACUGGUUCUUCGCUCCCUGGCACCGAAUGCUCCUUUACUACCACGAGCGCAUUCUUGCCUGGGCCACAGGCGAUGUGUCUUUUGCCCUUCCCUUUUGGAACUGGGACAGCGAUGCCGCUGCUCAGAAGGCCCUCCCCUCUCCCUACGCCAACACCACCUCCGCUCUCUACACAGCACGUCGAAGUGCAGCAGCUGCCAUCCAAGCCUAUAUUCAAAACGAAAUCACAAGGGAUGCACUCUUCGGGGCCAUUGGCAGUCUGACCCGAUUGGAUGACGUCAUCGGGACGGCGACAGCUGCUGGAAAUCUUGAGGGAACUGGACAUAAUGCCGUCCACAUCGGCGUUGGACGCGACAUGGCUGAUCUAGCCUGGGCGGGUUACGAUCCUGUGUUCUAUGCUCACCAUGCCAACGUGGACAGGAUGUGGUCCGUGUGGAGGCAGUUGCGGGGCAGAGGUGAUCCCACAUCAGCGGAUUUUCGCAACUCAAGGUUCGCCUUUUAUGACGAGAACGGCAACGCCAAGAUCAUCGCCGUGUCAGACGUCCUCGAUCACAGGACCAGUCUGCGGUAUGUCUACGAGAAUGUGCCCAACAGUUGGACCACGGCGCGACGUGGGGCCAGUCCUGCAGUUCAAAACGAUGGAGUGCCGGGAGAGGUGCCGCUGAGAGUUCGUCGCACCUUCCGAGCCUCGGCGACGGUCUCCGCUGAGAACCCCAACGUCGCAACUGCAGUCGUGCAGUCUCCCGAGACUACUCCCCGGGGUGGGGUGGUGCCGGAGCUAACCCUGCGCAACGUUGCUCACUCGGUGGACGAGCCCUUGGUGCUAUAUGUGUUCAUCAACGAGCCUAAUGCCGGUGCUAACACGCCAAGGGCGGGCAAUCCCAGAUAUGUCGGAGCUCGUUACCUCGUGGCGGGAGGCAUGAGUAUGCCAGUCUCCUUCACAUUCCCCAUCGGCCUAACUUUAGACGGGCUCAGUCUCUCGUUGAGCAGCAAUUUCACCGUUCAGGUGGUGCGAAGCGUGGCAUUCGGAGCGUCGAGGAGUCCGUUGUCUAUCCAGUCCAUAGAUUACGUCCAUGAGCCACAGUUGUAGAGGCUGCUUCAUACUCCCUCCCAAAAACAGGAUGACUCUCUCUCUCUCUCUCUCUCUCUCUCUCUCUCGUUUUUCAUCCUUACCGGAGUUUGCUGCGAACGAAAAGUUUACGGUUUUGGUUGUCUUAGUUCAACUCAUCCUCCCAGUGUCAGCUUUAGGAAACGUACGGGCCAUGAUUUUAGGAAACGCACGGGCCACUAGAAGGUAGCCCAAAUUCAUCCCACAAGAAACGUUUCUAGUCCAUUUUUUUUCCCCGGCCUAUAGCUGGGCCAAGUACUGGUGCUCUAAGCUGAAAAGAACGUACGGACAUUCUAUUCUACUUACCUC